CAGCAUUAAGGAUAUAGAUUGGGGGUGAAGGCCCUGCGAUAGACUAGCACCCUGUCCAUUCACCAAGCUGCCUCACGCUACAGAAACAGGAUUUGUAGGCUCCUGCCCUAUGAGCCGUUCCGGCUCGCACACGGCUACUUACGUGCUGUAGUCAGUGACUAUUUGCAUAGAAAUCAUAUACUCCUUUCUCGAUUAGCUACACUGGUCUGCAACUAACUUACACAACAUAUUUUUAGUUGUUUCACUAUUGCGGAAGCAAGGCAAAUCCCAGAACUAUACGCCUACCCGUGGAAUGAAAAGUCUCGUAUCAACGCUUGAAGGAAAUACCGGACCGAGGACCGGGUAGCAAGCCAUGGCUACUGCGCAUGACUCCAUCUACAUGAAAUCCGCUGACCUUAUCAAAAAGGAGCCUCUGGACUACGGUGGAUUCGGUACAGUGUAUCUGUGCUAUCACAAAACCCUCGGCCAGGUGGUUCUGAAGACCAUCUACACCGGGCCACCGCGUAAUGAGGGCAGUAAGCAGUCCCUGCUAGAGGAGGGCAGCCUGAUGAGCAGACUGAACCAUGAACGGGUGGUCAAGCUGCUGGGAGUGAUCCUGGAGGAUGGGGACUACUCUCUGGUCAUGGAGCUCCUCCCUAAAGGCAACCUGCUGGCCAUGCUGGACCGGGUACCUGUGCUGAUAUCCAUCAAGGGCAGGAUCAUACUGGAGAUUCUGGAGGGGAUGGUGUACUUGAUGAAGAACCGUGUCAUACACAAAGAUCUCAAACCAGAAAACAUACUGGUGGACAAGGAUUUUCACAUCAAGAUUGCAGACCUGGGCCUGGCCACCUGUCAGACGUGGAGCAGGCUGACUAAGGAGGAGUCUCACAGGCAGAGCCGGCUGGCGCGUCCUGGGGCUGGGGGAGUGGGGGGCAGGGCAGCCGGUACUCUGUGCUACAUGGCUCCUGAGCACCUGGACAGCAUCCACACACGCUCCUCUGAGAAGUCUGACGUCUAUAGCUUCGCUAUUGUCGUAUGGGUCAUCCUCACUGGCAGUGAGCCAUAUGAAAAUGCUCGGAGUGAGGACCAUAUCUGCCAGUGUGUCCGUAAAGGUGAUCGUCCUGAUGAAGACCUCAUCUCUGCUGAUACUCCUGUAGAGAUCACAGAGCUAAUGAAGAGAUGCUGGCAUCAGGAUCCACAACUACGACCAACAUUCCAAGAGGGCUACAACACCUUCCUGCCCGUCUACAGGGAGAAGUUAGAGCCAGAUGUAGAGAGGGACUCACUUGGUCUCAGAGACUUGUACGAGGGGCCAGAGGAGCUGGUGGAGAAGAUGAAAUCUUUAUCCAUGUCCCCCGAGAGCCUUAAAGCAGACCAGCUGGCUCCCUUACUGAGCUCAGACAGUGCUAGGGCUGUUCGUAUAGAGGCUGGUCCAGUGGAGGCCUGCAUCGAGGACCUGAACCUCUUCCUCCCCUGUGAGCACUCCCUUAUCCAGCCAGAUGUCCAGGCCCUCAGCCCCAACUCGGGCAUGGAGCUCAAAAUGGUCAACGAACUCUCUGCCCUGGAAGUCAAACGAGCCCAGCAGUUGGAAUAUCACAAAUACGCCAGCUACAGCCAGAUGGACCAGCUUGACUUCAGCCCCUACCAUAAUCCUCACCCUUCCACCCCACAGCGCCUCAGCUCACAGGACCCCACCGCCAACAGAGAGCUCCCCAAAACCCAGGCCGUCCAGCCCAGCAGCGUGGAGGUGAACCCCCACCGCCGUCUUUCUAGCCAAGGAGUGUACAAGGCCGCGGACCCCUCAGGGGCCACCACACCCAGGUGCCAGCUUUCCAGCCACAUGCCUGAGUCCUCCAGCAGCCCCUCUCUAAGCCAGGGCAAGUACUCUCCCCAGCAGCAGUAUCCCAAUGCCCAGUACCACCGCCUCCAGUCCUGGCCAGCCUACCCAGUGCCAGAGUCAGCUGCCCCAGACCUCACUGCAGGGCUGCGCCUGAACUCGUGUGCCAUGGUUAGACCUCCACAGGACCCAGGAGGCCUGUUCAUCCAGAAUGCCAGAGGGAUCCAGAUAGGGAGCAACAACAUACUCAGCAUCAGGGACCACAAGUCUUACAGCAGGUCAGCCAGCUCUCUCUCCAAUGGGGCAAACUCACACUCUCUACUCAAAGAGACCCUGCAGAUGAACGAGGACCAGGCAGUGACUGAAGAGCACCUUGAUCUCCUGAGAGAAAACAUCGGGAAGGAAUGGAAGCGCUGUGCCCGUCGUCUGGGCCUGAGCGAGGUGGAGGUGGACACCAUCGACCAGGACUACCAUCGUGACGGAUUGCCUGAGAAGGUGCACCAGAUGCUGGAGCGCUGGAGGAUGAAGGAGGGCUAUGUGGGCUGCACAGUGGGCCAGCUCUGCAGAGCACUGGAGAACUGUGUCAAAGUAGACCUGGUAAAGAAGCUUCUUCAUGCCUGCAGGACCAAUACUUUUCCAUAGGUACAGUAGACUACCUAUUCCAGUACCCCCUACCCCUAACCCAGAAAGAGACUUUCUACUCCAGUACAGGUUAUACGGAA